AUUAAAAAUGGUACCAAAACCUAUUGGAAGGUUUUAAUUGAUUCGAAAGUCAAUGAAUACAAUUCACUUUUUGAUAAAGAUCGUAAUGAAUGGUUAUCUCAACAAUCUAAACAAACUGAUGAAAUUGAGUACGAACUAGCUUCAAGAUGGCAUGAAGAUUUUAAAGCGAAUCGAUAUGCGGAUAAAGAUAAGGCUAAAUUGAAAUAA